AUGUCUUCGUUUUUCACCGUCCCCGCUUCCCAACGCAAGCGCAAGAGAGACGACCGCAAUGCAGCCCCGACAACUAAGAAACGAGGUGUCGAUGCAAAAAACGACGCAGGAAGUCGGCGCGCCCAGGAGCGGGAAGAGUCUAUUUCAGGAAGUGAUUUGGAUGACGAUGAGAAUGGAAUUGUCUCUGGAGGAUCCGGGGAGGACUCCGAAUCCGACUCGGAUGAUGGCGAAACGGCGGGAGAUCGAAGAUUGAAACUCGCAGAACGCUACCUGGACAACGUCAGAGAAGAAGUUGACGAAGUUGGAUUCGAUGCGGCAGAGAUCGAUAGAGAUUUGAUCGCUGAGCGAUUGAAAGAGGAUGUGGACGAAUUCAAGGGUCGUACAUUUCGCCGAAUCGCUUCCAAACUAUCCUUCCCCGAUGCAGCGCAUUCUUUCUUCCGCUCAGAUACCCAGACCAGUACUUCUAUUGCCGUUCACGCGCCCUUCGUCUACAUCGUUAGCAAAGAUAAGACUCUCACGAAGUGGGAAUUGGCGACUCCUAAUGACCCGAAUGAUGCUGCAUCCAAAAGGCCCCCUCGUCCGCAGCGCAAAAAGCCAAAGCGCGUAAGCUACGCUCGCGGCCUACGCAAAGUUGGCGAAACCGGCGAGGAGCAGGGCCACACAGCAAGCAUCCUUUCUGUUGCUGUAUCUCCCUCUGGACGAUUUGUUGCAACUGGUGGAGCUGAUAACAAGCUCAUUAUCUGGAACGCCGAUACCUUGACACCUGCCAGAACAUUUACUCAACAUCGUGAUUCCGUUAGCUGUCUGUCGUUCGCCCGGCACAUCUCAACUAUGAGCUCUGGAGAGCAGCUUUUCUCCGGCUCAUACGACCGAACGAUAAAGACAUGGUCCAUCAGCGGAGCUGGUCAUGCUUAUGUUGAAACAUUGUUCGGACACCAGUCAGGCAUUGAACAGAUUGCAGCCAUGACCAUUGAUGAGUGUGUCUCUGUCGGCGGACAGGACCGCACGUCACGCUUGUGGAAAGUUGUCGACGAAACACAGCUUGUAUUCCGUGGAGGGGCUUCUAAGAAAGCUCCCUACCACGAAAGUCAUCUUGACUGCAUUGCUCCUCUCCCGCCUACUCACUUUGUCACUGGCUCCAACUCCGGCAGCAUCUCACUGUGGUCGGUCCACAAGAAGAAGCCGCUCUACACAAUUCCCCUUGCACAUGGACUAGACUGCAUUCCUCCAUUGGAUGAGUUAUCGCCCGAAGCCAACUUGGAAACCGCCGCCCAUAACGCACGACACAUGCGCCCGAUGCCACGCUGGAUCACUGCCCUCACCUCUCUUCCGGGAACUGAUAUUGUUCUUAGUGGUUCAUGGGAUGGUUGGAUUCGCGCCUGGCAAAUUUCAGACGACAAGAGAACAAUCAUUCCAUUGGGCCCUGUUGGACGCGGAACCCCCAACCCGUCCGCUCCUGACACGCCUUCGAAGCAGCUCAGCAAGUCACUUAAGCUUGGUACUGUGUCUAACCCUGAUGACAUGGACACAGAGGAGCAAACACAAAACCAGAACUUGGAACCGGGCCAUCUGAUCAAGGGUGUGAUCAACGACAUCGCUGUCUUCGAGCGCCGCCCGGAAUCUGAACAACAAGGCUUGACGGCUACCAAGUCCAGGGCCGAAUCAAUGCUCGAAACUGAACCUAGAGGCCUGUGUAUCGUUGCUGCGGUUGGCAAGGAGCACCGCUUGGGCCGGUGGAAGUGCUACGCCAAUAACUACUCCCAAGGGGCUUCCCCUGAAGGCCGCAAUGGCGCUGUUGUUUUGGAGGUCCCAUUCAUCUCCCCCAGUGCUUCUGAGGCCGAUGUAUAA